AUGGCACCAGCAGAGAAGGAGAAGACGAACGGGAGCACAGAGCCAAAGCAGAGACGGCGACCAGGACGCGUUCCUGUCUCUUGCGCGGAGUGCCGCCGUUUGAAACUUCGGUGCGACCGAAAGGUCCCCUGUGAGACAUGCGUCAAGAGAGGAUGUUCUGCUAUUUGUCCAGAGGGUACGUUCAUAAUAACAUCAACUUUCAUUAGCCUCGCACUGGCAGAUGCAGAAGAAUUACAAAAGAAAAUUGAGCGACUCCGGAACCGCUCCACCGCUCUAGAGGAAGCGCUGCGGACACUUCAGGCUGCCGUCUCCGAUGAACCGCAUCCCUUGUUGCAAGAAAGCAGCAUACAGGCCGGGCCCGCGGAAUGCAGUCCGAGCAGAGGCGUCCCAGACGGUCCGCUGUUAAGUCGAGAAGAUGAGGAGAUACUAGAUGCAUUUGGUACACUGACCCUCGGAUUGCGAGGCGAGUCGAGGUUCUUUGGCCAAACUGCACGUUCUGAGGUAUGUCUUACAGCACCGACAAGAAAUCUCAUGCCAUGUAGUGCACCAUAUCCACGUAUCUCAGAAGAGCUUGUAAAGGAGGCCAACAUGGAGCUGGACAUCGCUUGUAGCAAUCGUCCGGUCCAGCAGCAGAUCCUGACUCAUCUUCCGCCGCUGUCACAGGCAUGCCAUCUGUGCGAGAUAUUCCUGGAGUAUGGACAAUUCAUGUGGUACCCGAUACCGCGAGAUGAGUUGUUCGACGAGAUUAUGGGCCGGGUAUACCAGUCCGUACCCGAGCAGGUCUGCUCGCUAUCGUCAACGCACGCAACUUCGCUUUUGUUCAUGGUAUUCGCCCUUACUACAUUGUUCGACCCGAGCAUGCCUCCGUACUCAAUCGAAGCGCACGAGUAUUACCUGCUAGCACGUCUCAGUUUGCGCUGCGGGCCACCGAUACACGACACGACACUGUUCGCGAUUCAAAGCAUGAUCUACAUGGCACAGUAUCUGGAAUUGAGCGAUUGCGAGCCUGCGCAUACAGGCUCGCACAAGGCUUGGCUACAGAUUGGCUUGGCUGUCAAGUUGGGAUACAGUACUCGAAUUUUUAUAUAUGUAGAUAUGAGCAGCGCCCGUUGGAAGCUUCACGAAGACGCCUGUCAGAGGCGAUCGCGUGUUUUCUGGCAGCUGUUCUUGCAGGACACUUGGAUUAGCUUCGGCUUCGGACGACCUCCGAGCAUGUCCUUGGCAUUUAUCGACUGCGGGUUUCCCAAGGACCCGCUUGAGAAGGUCAAUGAACAAGGGCAGAAAGAAUGGGGAUUCCACCACUGGACAUGGCAGUAUACCAGAUUGCUGAAUCAAGUUAUCACGUCGGUCUUUGGAGCACGGCCGCCGCAAUACUCGACAAUAGUGGAGUACGACCGCAAGAUCCGCGACUUCCCCGUCCCGUACAACCUGCGUCCGAAGUGCAACAACGACGGGUUCGAGCCGAACCAGAGCAUCCCGGAGUUGAUGCAACGUUUCUUCACGAUGUCGUGCAAGGAAGCGACGCUGCUGAGCUUGCACCGACCAUUCUUCGUGCAGGCGCUGCAUGAACAGCCAGUUGACCUGCUGCGACACCGCUAUGGCCCAUCCGUCAUGGCCAUAUACCGCUCUGCAUGGAGAAUCAUCGAGAUUGCUCGGGGGUCAUUCAAGCGUGCCACAGUGGUCGCCUCCAGGAUCGGGAUUAUCUGGUCACAGAGCUUAGCGGCUGGCAUCGUGAUGUGCCUAUUAGUCACACGCGCGCCAGGGUCGCCACUCGCUUCCUCUUCGCUGAACGAGCUUGACAAGCUGUGUGACCUCUUUGAACAAGCCGCGGGCUCAUCUCAAAUCGCGUCCAAUAACUUGGACGUCGUUCGCAAGCUACGGCGGCAGGGCCAUGAAGUCAUGACUAGACCCCGCUCACCAGGUGACCGCGAGGUCGUCGUGGAUAAGGAACUCGACCGCCUCGGAGGCAGGACUCAUCUCAUCUCGUCCGCGCACGACCCCCCGACGAGCUGCUCGACCUCCUCGGCUGCAGCAGCAGCAGCCGCUGUCACCUCGUUCACGCCUAGUCCCACGCCUGUGACGGACGUUAUCCACCCGACGAUCAUGCAGGACCUGCGCGUCUUCGAGGGGACGAGCGGCUCGAUCGACUUCGACUUCCGCAUGGAAUGGCCGUCGAAUGUGCUGCAGCAGCAACCGCAGGCGUUCUUACCUGAAUCAAACAAUAUCUUUGACGAGCUGUUCGGGACGCAGUCAUUUCCUGUGGAGCCGGACCCUGAGCCUGUCGGGCCACCCGUAUUGGAUGCGACGUGGCAGUCGUUUAUCGAGCAGCUCGGCUUCUAG